UUAGAUUAUAACAAUUCUUUAUUUAACUGGUUUAAAUAUUUCCUGAUCUGAUGCUAUCCAAAAUAAAACCUUUAAAGAAACUCUGUUUUAUAAGUGGUUUGAGUUUCCAUUCGGGCCAUUACAUUCGUCCAUACUCCUUAAUGCAUACAAAAUUAUGUUUCAACCACGGAAAUUCUUUUAAUCAAAAUUCAAUUGAGCUCAAAGCUUGUACAAUGUAUCGGCCGGAGAGAUCUAUGAGUACUAAAAUAAGCAUUCAGCAAGAUCAAGAUAGUUUUUUUAUUUAUCUUGACGGAAUGAAGGCAGAAUUGGGCUAUUUUAUUCGAGAUGGAGUUAUGCAUAUUGAUCACACCAAAGUUCCCAAGGAGCUUGGUGGUCAUGGUAUUGGCAAGCUGUUGGCUAAGGCUGCUUUGGAAUACGCACUGCUAAAUGGACUGUUCAUUAUUAUUCACUGUGAUUUCGUUAAACACUACGUUGAAAAACAAGAGCCACAAUAUUCAAAGUACAUACUUAAAUAAUACACAAAUUCAUAUGAUUUGUAGCAAACCAGGUUAAUAAAUGAAAUAGAUAAAGGU